UCGCAGGGGCCUGCGGCCAGCAUGGCGGACUCUGUGCAGCCGGCGAAGCGGGGGCUCUUACGCUCCACGUGGCUGCGGGCCCGCAAGGCCCGGACCCAGCUCGUCCUCAGCCGUCGGCCUCGCCGCCGGCUCGGGGCCCUGCGCUGGUGCAGCCGGAAGCGCUUGCGGCGGCGGCUGCUGCAGGCCCAGGCGGCCGGCGCGGACUGGCGGGAGGGCGGCUCGCUGGUGUGGCGCGCGGCGGCCCGGAGGUCCAAGGCCGCGGCCCCCAGCCCGGCCGCGGCCCCGACCCCGAGCGGCCCCGCGGUCCUUCCCAUCCCGCCCGUGCGCCCGGCAGGUCCGGGCCGCGCGUUGUUGCUCCUCCCGCUCAGGCAGGGUUUCACUUUUAGCGGGAUCUGUCGUGUGACCUGCCUCUACGGCCAGGUGCAGGUGUUUGGUUUUACCAUCAACCAAGGCCAGCCUGCCCAGGAUGUCUUCUCCCCCUACACCCACUCACGCCUGACUAUCAAUGCAGGUCAUUACACGAUGCCUGAGAAAAGCAAGAAGGAGAUGAAAAGGGAAGCCCGAACUUUGCUCAGAUCUCAUCUUAACCGAGAUGACAGGAGUUGGUUGAUGAAGAACUUUUCUCCUCUGUGCUCCAUCGUGAUGCUGGAACGUCUGAAAACCUCCACUGUAAACUUCAUAACCAGCCACCCAGGUUUAUCUAACGUUUUUGUGCAAGAGACUCCAACUUUCCAAAUUAACUCUGAAUAUUUAGCCUUGAGGUCUGUUGGCAUUAGAAGAGAGAAAAAAAAAAAAGGCCUUCGUUUAACAGAGAGGAUGCUUUCAGCCGUGGAGGAGCUUGUCAGCGUUUCUCGUGAAGAAGUAGAUGGCUGCCCCAUCAUUCUAGUUUGUGGACAUCAGGACGUUGGAAAGUCAACUUUUAAUAGAUACCUGAUGAACCGGUUGUUAAAUAGUAUUCCCUGUGUUGACUAUUUGGAAUGUGAUCUGGGACAGACAGAAUUUACUCCUCCAGGUUGCAUUUCUUUACUUAAUAUUACAGAACCAGUUCUAGGACCACCUUUCACCCAACAAAGGACACCACAGAAAAUGAUUUUUUAUGGAAAGCCUGCUUGUAAAAACAACCAUGAGAAUUAUAUUGAGAUGAUAAAGUAUGUGUUCAGCUCCUACAAGAGAGAGUCCCCUCUUAUCGUCAACACGAUGGGCUGGGUGAUAGACAAAGGGCUUUUGCUUCUCAUUGAUCUGAUCCGAUUGCUGGCUCCCAGCCAUGUUGUUCAGUUCAGUUUUGGCCGAAGUAGAUGCAUGCCAGAUCUUACCCCUGACUACGUAGACAGCAUGGAUGGCCUGUACACGAAAAGCAAGGCCAAAGUCAGAAACAGAGGUUACCAGCUGGCUGAAUUUGCAGAUAAUUUGGAAUUUGCUGAUGAAGAAAAGGAGAGUCCACUUGUGUUUACUGGACAUAAACUGAUGUGUGUCCAGUCGGAUUUUGUUAAUAGAAAAACUCCAAGAAAUAGAGAGUCACAUAACAAAGUCCUGCGUGAUUUGGCGGUGCUGGGUUACCUCGGCCAGCUGCAGCCCCCAGUGCCGCAACCACUUUGUCCCCUUCAUGGUCUGAUACCCUAUCAGGUCCCUUUCAAUGCAGUUGCACUCCGGAUUACUCACUCUGAUGUCGCUCCUACCCAUAUAUUAUAUGCUGUGAAUGCCAGCUGGGUUGGUCUUUGCAAAAUCCUGGAUGAUGUCAGAGGAUAUGCAAAUGGGCCCAUCCUGCUUGCCCAGACUCCGAUCUGUGAUUGUGUAGGGUUCGGAAUUUGUAGAGGCAUUGACAUGGAGAAGAGGCUUUACCACAUUCUCACUCCUGUGCCCCCAGAGGAGCUAAGAAACGUGAAUUGUCUGCUUGUCGGAGCCAUUUCCAUCCCACAGUGUGUCUUCAAGAGCCAGCGUGGGCUUGAAGGGACAAUACCUUACAUCACAACAGAUUACAAUUUUAAACUUCCUGGAGCAUCAGAGAAAAUUGGAGCAAGAGAAAUUGAGGAAAACUGUGAACAGAAACUAUACCCCAGGCCUAAGUUCUAUCAAAAAAUAAACUGAUGCUGAUGUCUUUAAUAAGGGAAGGAACUUUUCUACCAGAAAGCUUGACUGUCUCCAGCCUGACGUCAGCAGACAAUGGGGCUUUUUGGCGGCGAAGGACACACUUGCAGAGCAAAUGGUGUUUCCUGUAACUCAUGAGUAUGUUUAGGGCAAACUCAACUCUCUUCCUAAGGCUCCAUGACCUAGAGUUCCGCCCUAGGCUCCGGUAUAGCCAAUCAGACUUUGUUUUCUAAAGAGAUAAAGCAGCAAGGAGACGUUUGUACACCACCAGAGCAGAAAGAACACAGUUGAUUCCUCAAAAAGAUCUUUUAAGAACCUGGUUGUUGGAAUCUGGAUAAAAAUAGGUACAGUGGGGCCACAAACACGUACCAGGGAAGAAGGCAGGCUGGCCAGCGGCACCGUGAGCAUAACAGGAUGUGGAGGCAGCGAUGGCAGCUCCCGCAUGCCAGCAUCCCCCGCUCAUUUGAUGCCAUGCGAGUUCUCAUCUGUUCCCAUGGGUCCAGUGUUAAAAGACUGUGUUUGGGCUGUUCCAUUUAAUCAAGACUUGAAAGGUGAAAGUUUGGACUGAAGAGCUCUUCUUUCUUUUUUAAAUCAGGAUUUUAUGCAGCAAAAAUUGCUCUGAAGUCCAGGAAGCUUCUCCUGCAGCAUUUUUAGAACUAGAUUUGUCCUUACUGAGUUCUAAUCUGCGGUCGGAGACAUGCCGGCAGCGCUGGGCACGAGGCUGUCUGGAGGAAGGACUGGCGCAGUGGCUCUGGGGAGAAAGCCCCCUUCUUGCCCUGGGCAGCCGCGCCUGGACAUGUGCAUGUGCACCAGUGUGUGCCGUUCAGCGCUUUUGAGAGGGAACAGGAGGCCGGCGUUGAGAGAAAGGAUGGAAAUACACUGCUGAUCUUCUCCCUGGUGGUUUCACGUCUUUCUCCUCCCGGGCUGGACGUGUUGGUAAACAGGAUAGCCAGGCGGGGUCACACCAUUUCUGGGCUUCAGUGCUCUGCUGGCAUCUCGUCACCCCCCCAGGACUCGUUUUGAUGCCUCAGAGACCACGUCAGGUCUCCGUUGCCUCGUAUUUAUAUCUAAAUUUAGUCUGUGCACAUUUUUCUGUCUUGCAAAGAAUUUUAGCAGAAAAUGUGCCACUGUCAGCUUUGUCUCUGUAUCUUCACAGCAAUACUCUCCCUGGUCGUUACCAGCAGGGCUCGAGAAAUGAGGUGCCCUGUCAUUGGCAUUUUCCUUAAAUCCAAGCUUUCCUUUAGCCUUACCUGCUGGUUGCCUGGAGGGAUGCUUCAGUCCUCGGGAAAGAACACAAGCAUUGCCGCUAGAGGGAGCUGUCAGCUCAGACUGGCCCCCGGGAUGUCUGUCCUUUUUAAUAAUCAUUGUCAGUGGCUUGGGCUUUCUGUCAUUUCUACAGUCUGUUGCGGUUCAGAAUGGGGAAUAAGUUCUAGAGUGGAGUUAUUAACAAAAACUCUUAAU